UCUAACACUAUACGUAUACCGUGGAGUAGUACUCCAUGCUGUAUAGUGUAUAGUGUAUACCUUAUAAUCGUGAUAACAAGUAAAAUGUAUAUGAAUAUGUGAUACGCGAUUAAAAUGUGCAUAUCGAUACUUACCUAACUGCUCACAUGUAAAUCACUAUAGAUAUUUAAUAUUAUAAUAUGGCUAAGAUGAACCCGUUCGAAGGUCUGGAGAUCUCCAACGACUGGCAAGCAUUAUUCAACAUAAACGAACGGCAACCGUGCCGCAAAUGCUCGAAGUCUAGGAAAUAUUUUUGCUACACAUGUUACACUUUAAAUGAUGAUGUAGAAAAUAAGAUACCGAUGCUUGAGUUGCCGUUUAAAAUCGACAUCAUAAAGCACAGUCGAGAGAUAGCGGGCAAAAGCACUGCGAUACAUGCUGCUCUUUUAGCACCGAAUGAUGUCACUAUUUAUAUUUAUCCUGACAUGCCCAGGUACACUGAAGAUGACAAGGUAAUUCUUGUUUAUCCAGGAAAAUCUGCUGUCACUUUACAAGACUUCUUUUCUUCUUCAAAAAAACAAGAAGAUAGCAAAGAAUAUAACAAACAAAAGACUUCUAGCAAAUUCAUUACACAUGCAUUGUUUAUCGAUAGUACCUGGAAUCAAAGUAAUGGAAUUCUGAAGGAUCCAAUAAUAAGAGGACUUCCAUGUAUAAAACUUCAAAUAAGAUUAUCUCAAUUUUGGAGACAUCAAAAAGGCAGCCCCAGAUGGUUUUUAGCUACUAUUGAAGCUAUCCAUCAACUACUUGUUGAAUUCACAGAAACAGAUGUUGAAACAAACGGGCCACCCAAAAAUUAUGAUAAUAUGUUAUUUUUCUUUAGAUUUAUGUAUGAAAAAAUUCACCAACUAUAUGAACAUGAUCAGCUUAAAUCAUACAGAAGACCAAUGAAUGUGUGAAAUUGUUAUUAUAAGAUAAAAUUUAUUUAUUUAUCUGUAAAAUACAUUUUUUUACCUAUUUUAAUAAGAA